AUGGAACCUCCAAAGGGAACGCUCUGCACCAAAUCUACGCUCGUCACCGCGUUUACAAACAGUGGUCUGGCAGCUGGCGACACGGUUCUUCUCCAUUCAUCGCUCAGCAAGAUCGGAUGGGUUUGCGGCGGUGCAGAGGCAGUGAUUCUUGCAUUACUAGAAGUGCUUGGUCCAGAAGGGACGCUGGUCGUUCCAACACAUUCCUCAGAUAACUCGGAUCCCGCGAAAUGGGAGCAGCCACCAGUGCCAAAGGAGUGGUGGGAUACCAUCCGCCAGAAUACACCAGUUUUCAACCCCAAGACGACAAGGACACGUGGAAUGGGUGCUAUUGCAGAGCUGGCCCGCACGUUUCCAGGAGUACUAAGAAGCGACCACCCACAGACAUCGUUUGCUGCCAUUGGCCCUCGGGCAAAGUGCAUCACGGACGGCCAUCAACUGGACAGCAUGCUGGGUGAGAAUAGCCCUUUAGCGCGCCUGGAGGAGCUGAAUGCCAAAAUCGUCCUAUUGGGCGUUGGCUUUGACGUGUGCACAAUGAUGCAUCUCGCCGAGUACCGCCUCGAAACAACACCGCGGGAGCAAAACUCGUUUGCUUUUGAGGUGGAUGGCCAACACGUUUGGAAGACAGUAGAGGAUGCCGUCGUGGACAAUGAGGACUUUGAGGCGAUUGGUAAAGAGUUUGUCGCAGCGACAGGCCUGUAUCCAUCGAAAGUAGGCGAUGCUUCAUGCUAUGUCGUCUCUGCCAAAGAGCUGGUUGUAUUUACAGAAACAUGGAUGAAGGCUCACAGACGAAACACUGACUUGCAGACAAGCAAUUGA